AUGCCACCGCCCGGUGCACGUCGCCUGUCGCUGGUGGUGCCAUGGAGCGGCAACAACUGCUACCAGACAAACCAGCAGAAUCGGCCUCCGCCAACUCCUUGGUCAGGAGAUGCCACUGAGUUCUUCAAAGACUACCGGAACCUGCAUGACAUCAACCGCUUCAUGGCGAAGUUGGCGCAGGAGAAUCCCCGAUUCGUGGUGCUCCGAGAGAUCGGGCGCUCUUGGGAGGGAAGACCUCUUCAGGUGCUUGAAAUCACCGACCACCACUCUGGAAAUGUCGCCGACAAGCCGUGCAUCUUCCUGGAGGGUGGCAUCCACGCACGAGAGUGGAUUGCACCUGCUGCGGUUCUGUACAUCGCAGGCGCGCUCGUGCGAGAGUCCAGCUCUGCCGAAGUGCAAAAGUACUUGCAGGACUUCGUCUUCACCCUGCUGGUUCCGGUGAAUCCUGACGGCUACGUCUACUCCUGGGAGGUGAAUCGAAUGUGGCGAAAGACGAGGAGCAAUCGGACGGACUACUUGUGCCGUGGACAUGUUGCCGGCGUUGACGCGAACAGAAACUGGGGACUUACAUUUGGCGUCACAAACGAUGCAUACUACGACACUGAUGGCAAGAUGCAGAUCUCCUGGGUUGCCUUCGGCCCGCAGGAGGACACCCAUACUUCAAGCCAUGCGGAUGGCGAAGGUGACCUGGGGAAGCAAGGGGCCGCAGUUUGA